AAUUGAUCUUAUCACCUAUUUACUAUGCUUGGUCGUUAAUGAGUCAAUAAAAGUUAGAACAAUAUGGUCAAUUUCAUUUAUCAUUAUAUCCACAUGUCGUGUGAUACUUGGUCAGAACGGAACAUUGUCGUUCAAAUAAAAAAUGGUAAAAGUAACGUCCGUUCAAACUAUUUCGGGUCGAGUUCAAAGCAAAUGGAUGAAAGUGAAAAAAGUCCACGUGAACUCUCAAUCGAAAAUUGGAAAAUGUACAAAAACUGUGCCAGAAGAAUCAUGUCUUGCACGACGAUUCAAAGAAUUUGCAUCAAAUACAGCACUACAUGGAUAUAAUCAUAUUGUGCGUGAAGAUUCAACAAAAUGGGAGCGCAUUGCUUGGAUUUUAAUUGUUGUUAUAGCAACAGUAGUGGCAGCUGUUCUCUUGUACAUUUCAUGGCAAUUGAAUUUAGAAACGCCAACUAUUACUGUAAUCGAAAGUACUCAUUACCCGAUAUCGAACGUACCCUUUCCGGCAGUUACUAUUUGCAGUAUGAACAGCAUAUCGGCAAGAACAGCAAUGAGCUUGGCACUAAAUAUGAAACGACCAAGUGAUGUGUCAGCCGACAGGCUCUCGAAACUGUUUCAAUUGGUCUUACAUUUUCAGGGUGUUGGAGAAGCUCGUAAAGAAGAUUACAAUCUGUUGCACAAUAUUUUACAAACAAACCAAAUGAGUGUCGUUAAUUUGACCAGCGUCCUGAAGCCAAAGUGUACAGAUUUAUUGAAAAAUUGCCGCUGGAAAGGCACUGAGUCGCGUUGCGAGGAAAUUUUUCAAUCGAUUAAUACAAUUGAAGGAAUUUGCUGUUCAUUUAACUACUACGGAUUGACGACGAACAAUUUUGCACCUAAAGUUGCUCAGAAAAGGCCAAAAGAGCCACGUCGAACAUCGUCGUGUGGCUAUCAAACUGGUUUAACCGUUAUUUUAACUCCAAUGAGCGAUGAUUAUCACAGCAGUUUCUUCAGUAGCUACGGAGUUCGUGUAUUAGUACAUGACCCAUACGAUUUUCCCGAUGAUAAUGCUGAAACGAAAGCAAUAAGUAGAAAAAUGAUUGCAUUUGUGAUGGUCUAUCCAGAAACAACAUACAGCACGUCUGCCGUUCGUAGUUUAUCGCCGGAUGCAAGGUAUUGCUAUUUUCAUGAUGAACAUCGUCUCAGUCAUAUGCAACGCUAUUCCUAUGUGAAUUGUUUGGCUGAAUGUCGAACGGAAAUUGCUUAUCGAUUGUGCGGAUGUGUACCAUACUUUUUACCCAACAACGGUUCCUAUCGUGUAUGUGAAAUGAACGAAAUGGAAUGCGCACGGGAAAAUCGGCCAAUAUAUUUUGGAGCAUUGCCUGGACUAAAUAAAACGAUUGUUGGAACGGCUGAACCAAGUAUACAACAUACACCAUGUAAUUGCCUUCCUGAUUGCCAACUAAAUCAAUAUCCUACUGAGAUUACAUCGGCACACCUAAAUCGUUCAUAUUCGUUUUCACGAAUGGGACUAUUCAAGGGCAUUAAUAUCACCGAUCACACCUCUCUUACCGUUUUUUUCGGUGAUCUCGUUUCAACACAUUAUCGAAAGGAUAUAUAUCAAAAUUGGCUUAGUUUAUUAGCUUCAUUCGGCGGCAUAUUGGGUUUGUUGCUGGGCUUUAGUUUUGUUGCUGGGUUCGAGCUUAUUUAUUUUUUCACAAUUCGUGUGCUUUUCGAUCGAUGGGCGAGCAGAAAAAAUAAAGUCACUCAUUGGGCCAUAAAAUAA